AUGGAAGGGGACUCUUCCCACAAUGCAACCACUGUCAAUGGCACCCCAGUCCACCACCAGUCCUUCGAAAGCCACGGAUUGUGGGAAGUCAUCACCAUAGCUGUUGUAACUGCUGUGGUAAGCCUGAUCACCAUUGUGGGAAACGUCUUAGUCAUGAUCUCCUUCAAAGUCAACAGUCAGCUCAAGACAGUUAACAAUUACUACCUGCUCAGCUUGGCCUGUGCAGAUCUCAUCAUUGGGAUCUUUUCCAUGAACCUCUAUACCACCUACAUCCUCAUGGGUCGCUGGGCCCUUGGGAGUCUGGCGUGUGACCUAUGGCUUGCACUGGACUAUGUAGCCAGCAAUGCUUCUGUCAUGAACCUUCUGGUGAUCAGUUUUGACCGUUACUUUUCCAUCACAAGACCCCUGACAUAUCGGGCCAAACGUACCCCAAAGAGGGCUGGCAUUAUGAUUGGCUUGGCCUGGCUGAUCUCCUUCAUCCUCUGGGCCCCCGCAAUCCUCUGCUGGCAGUACUUGGUUGGCGAGCGGACAGUGCCCCCCGAUGAAUGCCAGAUUCAGUUCCUUUCUGAGCCAACCAUCACUUUCGGUACUGCUAUUGCUGCCUUCUACAUCCCUGUCUCCGUCAUGACUAUCCUUUACUGCCGAAUCUACCGGGAAACAGAGAAGCGAACCAAGGAUCUGGCUGACCUCCAGGGCUCUGACUCCGUGGCUGAAGCUGAGAAAAGAAGGGCCACUCAUAGGACUCUGCUCAGCUCCUGCUUUCACUGCCCUCAGCCCACGCUGGCCCAGAGGGAAAGGAACCAGGCCUCAUGGUCGUCCUCUCGCAGAAGCACCUCCAUCACUGGGAAGCCAUCCCAACCCACUGGCUCAAGCACCGACUGGACCAAAGCUGAGCAGCUCACCACCUGUAGCAGUUACCCUUCCUCAGAGGAUGAGGACAAGCCCACCACUGACCCUGUUUUCCAAGUGGUCUACAAGAGUCAGGUCAAGGAAAGCCCAAAGGAAGAAUUGAAUGCUGAAGAGGCCAGGGAAACAUUUAUGAAAACUCAAACCGAAAAAAAUGACUAUGACACCCAAAAAUACUUUCUGUCUCCAACUGCUGCUCACACACCCAAGAGUCAGAAAUGUGUGGCCUAUAAAUUCAGAUUGGUGGUAAAAGCUGAUGGGACCCAAGAGACCAACAAUGGCUGUCGCAAGGUGAAAAUCAUGCCCUGCUCUUUCCCUGUGUCCAAGGACUCUUCACCAAAAAGCCUUGACCCCAGCCUCAGCCAUCAAAUGACCAAACGGAAGAGAAUGGUCCUUGUAAAAGAGAGGAAAGCAGCCCAGACCUUGAGUGCCAUUCUUCUAGCCUUCAUCAUUACAUGGACCCCUUAUAAUAUCAUGGUCUUGGUCUCCACCUUCUGUGACAAGUGCGUCCCAGUCAGCCUGUGGCACUUGGGCUACUGGUUGUGUUAUGUCAACAGCACUGUCAACCCCAUUUGCUAUGCCCUCUGCAACAGAACCUUCAGGAAGACCUUCAAGAUGCUGCUUCUCUGCCGAUGGAAAAAGAAGAAAGUGGAAGAGAAGUUGUAUUGGCAGGGGAAUAGCAAGCUCCCAUGA